GAUGAAGAUUGUUCACAUUCUCUUCCUCUUCACUUUUAUCUCAUUCACUAUUUGCCAUGCUUCAGUAAAUGAUUUUUGUGUUGCAGAUUUAAAGGCUCCAAUCACCAAUUCAGGCUAUCCUUGCAAACCCGUUAAAAGUGUCACAUCGGACGAUUUCGUCUUCCAUGGCCUUGUAGCCGGAAGCACAAACAACUCUUUCAAACUUGGUGUGACCGCUGCAAGUGUCACAAAUUUUCCCGCCCUUAACGGACUUGGAGUUUCCACGAUACGUGUAGACAUAGAAGAAGGUGGGUUUGCUCCAAUGCAUACUCAUCCUGAUGCUACCGAGUUAAUUAUAUCGAUUCAAGGUGAAGCUACCGUUGGAUUUGUAACACCUACCGGAGUUUAUACCAAGGUGCUUAAAUCGGGUGAUCUUUUUGUUAUUCCACCGGGGUUGUUGCAUUUUGUCGUUAAUUCGGGAAAGGGAAAAGCUAUGGGUUAUGCUGCUUUUAGUAGUGAAAACCCUAGUACUCAAAUAACUGAUCUUCUUUUGUUUGGUAAUAAUUUGCCUUCUGAUUUAGUUGCAAAAACUACUUUACUUGAUCUUGCUCAAGUCAAGAAGUUAAAGGCUCAGUUUGGUGGAAGUGGUUAGGAAUGAAAGGAUUUUUUUUUAUGUACUACUUAAUUAUGCCAAAUAUUAAGAUACUAUA